GUGACGCUCCUCGUAUUAGGGACGCGCGUGACGUCACCAAGCCUGGUCUCCGGCGCUCGUCGGGAAGCUGAAAGGAAACGCCAGACGCGCUCGUGCGACGCGUGACCGUCAUCCCCCCGCGCUCCUGCGAGAACCUCCCUGCUGCACUUGUUCGGGACCCGAGAUGGCGGCGUACAGGCUGGUGCUGAUCCGCCACGGAGAGAGCAGCUGGAACCGGGAGAACCGGUUCUGCGGCUGGUUCGAUGCUGAUCUGAGCGAGACCGGAGCGCAGGAGGCCAAGAGAGGAGGAGAGGCGCUGAGAGAGGCCGGGUAUGAGUUUGAUGUGUGCUACACGUCUGUGCUGAAGCGAGCCAUUAGAACUCUGUGGCUGGUUCUGGACAGUAUCGAUCAGAUGUGGCUUCCUGUGCACCGUUCGUGGCGUCUGAAUGAGCGUCACUACGGCGGCCUGACGGGGCUGAACAAGGCCGAGACGGCAGCCAAGCACGGAGAGGAGCAGGUGAAGAUCUGGAGGCGUUCGUAUGACAUCCCACCACCACCCAUGGAGUCUGACCACGACUUCUACUCCACCAUCAGCCAGGAUCGUCGCUAUGCCGACCUGACGGAGGACCAGCUGCCAUCGUGCGAGAGCCUGAAAGACACAAUCGCUCGUGCUCUGCCCUUCUGGAACGAGGAGAUCGUCCCCCAGAUCAAAGACGGGAAGAGGGUGCUCAUCGCCGCCCACGGCAACAGUCUCCGGGGUAUCGUCAAGCACCUGGAGGGUAUGUCUGAAGAGGCCAUAAUGGAGCUGAACCUGCCCACUGGAAUCCCCAUCCUGUACGAGCUGGACAAGAACCUGAAGCCAGUCAAGCCGAUGCAGUUCCUUGGAGACGAGGAGACUGUCCGCAAGGCCAUGGAGGCUGUCGCUGCUCAGGGCAAGGCCAAGAAGUAGAGAGUGAAGAGGAAAGUGGGAGAGUGUGAGGCUGGGGGAGGAGAAGGGAAGAAAGCACUGGAGAAAUAGAUUCACUUGGCUCUGGGUAUUACAGUAUAACAUAUGCUGAAUAGUGUACUCUAUGCUGUCUUGCUGGCCGCAAUCGCUGAAGAAUACAGUCUGUGUUUUAAAAUGGGCCCAAUAACUGACUUACAGUAAAUUAUUGAUAAAUUCCAGCCUGCAGUCCAGAGCACUUAGUAGGGACCAUGUAAACAAUUCAGAGAUUCUCAGGACAAGAGCACACACACCCAACAAACACUCACCAAACCAACUCGAAUGUUCUAAAGCGAGAACGUUUUGGAACUCCCCCAAGCCAUGAGAACCAAUGUUCUAGACUCUCCAAACGAACGAUCACAUACAGGUACAGCAUUCAAACAAUGUUUUUUGGCUCUAGAACAUUUUGGAGAUCCCCAAGCCCUGAGAACCAGCUUGAGAACCAACAUUCUAGAGUCCCCAAACGAACAAUCACAGGUAUGGCACACAAACCAAACAUUUUAGUUUGCUGCUGUUUGUUGGCUGUAGAACAUUUUGGACCUCCCCAAGCCCUGAGAACCAGUGAGAACCCAAGCCCCCCCCCCCAACCCCCCGUUCUAGCUUGCCGGUGUUUGUUGGCUCACUGCGCUCUGGCCUUUAUGAAUAUUCCAUGCUUUUCAUGCUCCACAUUAGACGCUCAUGAAGAUUCAAGAAGCAUUUCAAACGUUACUGUAACCUCAAGCACUGAAGGCACCGUCACUUAGAAACUGCACAUUUCAAAGGAAGGUACUUGGCUUUGCUCUGUAGUGGCAACUCUGCGGUAACUGUAUCCAGGCAACGCCAUUUACUGGCGACAGGGCUGCGAAUGAAUUAGAUUUUUUUUAUAUAUAUAUAUAUAAACAGAAAAGAGACUAAAUGCAUUGCGUUCCAAAUCGCUACAUGACUCACGCUAAGCCUGGACGCCCACAGCACAGCACUUAAAAUACACCACUACACCACCAAAAACAAAAUCUUGUGCCGUUUCAGAGCAACCUGCAUUUUAGAGGUUCUCCACUCGACUUGAGGAAGAAUUGGCAUGAAGGGUUAUUAGUACUAUCUAGGGUUAUUCCUAAUGCGCUGAGCCGGUUUAGUCUCAGAAGCCGCUGUUAUAGAAGGUUGUUUUUUUUUUUUCCUCUGUCUGCUUCUAAACUGUGUUAAAUAGAAGUAGAUUAACUGUUGCUCACAGUGUUGCUUGGGCCCCAUUUCUGAACCCACGAGUACACUUGUUUAAAUGUUGUCUUCCUGAAAUGUUACUAAAGUAAAUACAUGAAUAUGGAUUUGCUCACUAUUUGAAAUGUUACAUCCCUAAGCUUAUUAGUUAUACUUAGUAUAGUCUAAUGUAUAUUUUGGCUUGACUGAAUAGCACUGUCCUGUACGAACCUACACUGAAGUUUGUGUGCAAUCACUAAUAAAUGUUGGCUAAGCAGAACGA